AUCAAAAUUUGGAUUUCUUGUCAUCUAAAUGUCAUUUUAGGCCAAAAUUUGCCCAAAAAUUAAAACUACUUUAUUUUCGACAAAAUUUGGCUCAAUUAACAAGAAAAGUAUGCUGAACAUGAUGGUAACUUCAAAAUUUGGAUUUUUUGUCACCUAAAUGUCAUUUUAGGCCAAAAUUAGCCCAAAAAUUAAAACUACUUUAUUUUCGACAACAUUUGGCACAGUUAACAAAAAAGGUAUACUGAACAUGAUAGUGACAUCAAAGUGUUAAUUUUUUGUCACCUAAAUGCCGUUUAAGACCAUAAACGUUUCAAUCGCGCCACUGUAACCAUGAAUGAUAGGCUGUAUUUUUUGUUAGCAGAAAUUGUAGAAUUGGGUCGCAUUGUCGAUGUUUCAUAGUUGUGCAUUUUUAAUAGCGAGAUAGUUUAUGCAGCGCCUGCAUCUUGUUUACAUUAAUAACCAUCAACUUUAGAUAAAAAAAAAGUCAUUCGUCGUCAAUACUAAAAGCAUGUCCAUUGAAAUCCUCUUGUACAGUAGCAACACGAAAAAAUUGGCGGAUGGCGAAAAAGUUAAUUUUGGCGGGGAAUUUAAUUUGGCAGGCACCGCCAAAUUUUCAUUCUACCAAAAUCUCUGCCCUUAGGUAUCAAAUGAUAUAAAAACGUUUUAUCAUUAUAAAAUAUUUUUUAGUGUCAUGGCAUAUUUGAAAAGAUACAGAAAAAAUAUUGCUGAAGUGAACAAACUUGCAAGAAGCAGUGAUAGCGAUGAUGCAGUUGAAACUCACAGGGAAGGGGGAAAUCAAAUUUUUGAAGAGUGUUACAUUGAAAGCAAUUCAUGUAGCAUGGACUGUGAUAUUGACUCAACUGAUACUGUAAAUGACAGUGGCAGUAGUAGUGAUGAAGAGUGGUUAAGUGAUGCAAUGGGAAACAUCACAUUAUCGGAAGAACUUGCGUCAUGGGCAGUGCGAAAUAGAGUUACAAGAAAUUCUGUUAAUGAACUUUUGGACAUCUUGAGAAAAAAUGGGCAUACUCUCCCAAAAGAUAGUCGCACUCUUCUCAAGACACCAAGAAACGUGAACACAGAUUCAAUCUGUGCGGGAAAAUAUGUUUACUUGGGCAUAGAAAAUGGAAUAAGACGAAUGCUUCUUAACAAUCCGAACAUCACCGUAACAGAAUAUAUCAAGCUUGCAAUAAAUAUAGAUGGAAUACCUUUAUAUAAGUCAUCAAGCACCCAAAUUAAUGCAUGCCUGGCAUAUGCAAGCAUACGUUUACUAAUUUAUUUGAAGAUAUAACUUUUGAUUCAAUAACCAUUUAAAUUUUUUGCUAUUUUGCUUUCAUGUGCACCAGUUAUGCUUGACACAUACAGGUGGUUGGAGCAUGCUGACAGGCUGCCUUAUAAGAGGGCGUGCCUGGCACAUGCAAGCAUACUUAUAGCAAUCUAUUUGAAGAUAUAACUUUUGAUUCAAUAACCAUUUAAAAUUUUUGCUAUUUUGCUUUCAUGUGCACCAGUUAUGCUUGACACAUACAGGUGGUUGGAGCAUGCUGACAGGCUGCCUUAUAAGAGGGCGUGCCUGGCACAUGCAAGCAUACUUAUAGCAAUCUAUUUGAAGAUAUAACUUUUGAUUCAAUAACCAUUUAAAAUUUUUGCUAUUUUGCUUUCAUGUGCACCAGUUAUGCUUGACACAUACAGGUGGUUGGAGCAUGCUAACAGGCUGCCUUAUAAGAGGGCGUGCCUGGCAUAUGCAAGCAUUUAUAGCAAUCUAUUCGAAAACAUUGUGACAAAAAAAUAUAUAGCUGAAGCUAAAUAUCAAGUAUUUAGUAAUUCUUAGUUAUAAAUCAUCAUAUUUAAAAAGCUGCAUGUUUUGUUCCAAAGCCCAUGUAAAUUCUUUUAAUUUGUUUUGACUUAAAAAAUCCAACUUUUCAUGAAAAAGGCAUAUUGACUAAAAUUUAAUCCCGCGAAAUAUCUGAACUCGAUCGAUUCGCAAAAAAUUGUGACAUUUAAGUACUUGAAAGACAUUCAUAACUAUGCAGAAGUGAAAAUGCUGAUAAAUAAACGUAGAGGAUUGAAAACUUAUGAUUGUAUUGUCUGCUUGAAGGUUCCUUCAAUACAUUUUGUGCACCUGUGGAAUUCUAUUAAAAAAUAGAGUGCUUGCUUGCUUGAUAAAUUACAAUUCUUACACUAAAAUUAUAACAAAAAUAAGAAAAUUAACUUGGUGAUCACUACUUGCUUUAUACCAGAGACCUGCACACACCACUAGUAUUAUGUAUAUAUACAAAUUAGGUUAAAACUUAGUUAUUAAACUUGUAAUUAUUGCAAAGAGCUGGAAAAAGAUUGAGAUUUUCUAUCAGCCAACUUCAUGCCUCAUUCGACAGUCUUACAAUCCGGUAUUUGAUCUUGUCAUGUUAAGUCAAUAUUUAAAUCCUUAAUUCCCUUGAGUAACCAUUGUUUUAUAUUAGCUAUAUUUGAAUAAAAUGAGUUGGAGCCGAGCAAUAUGGUUGGAAAACAAACAAGAAGAAGAAGGUACAAUACCAACAGUUUGGAUAAAAAAUAAUUUAGUCUACUGGCCAAGUUUUUUGAAUGUCGAGAAGGCAGCUGCAGAAUUAAAAGAACCUACAGCAUUAUGGCACAAAUUUCCACUAGUCCGAGUUAAAAUUACAGGAGAUAGAAAACUAUGUGAGGAGUUUGAUUUCACGGAGGCAGAAACGGAUGACGAAGAAGUCAUCACAAAAAAACAAAGCUCGCCGUCUUGUGAUGUAUUGUUUACAAAAAGUAUGAUUGAAUGAAUAGUUUACGGAAUGCGGCCCCGCAGCCUAAUGGACUCGCAACUAUAUAUUAAAUGCGCUUACGAUGUCGAUUGUUUUACGUUUAUUCCACUUUCAUUAUAGAAUCAUGAAUAAUGAAGUAAUGUCGGCACUCAACAUGAAAGGGAAGGGAAAAAGUGAAAAGGUUGGGUUUGCAAGGAUGAACUUAUAUAAAGCUGUUGUCGGUUAGUAAAAAAAUCCUAUUCCUAAUAUUCAAUUUAUAUAUGUGCUUGUAAGCGUUUUAGUUUGUUGUUGUUAAUUUAUUUAUUGUCGGUUAAAAUAUGUACAAAUAAAUACAAUAGCUCUUAUUAAAGUGCUAAUCCAAACCGACAAGUUUGUAUUAAGUUUUUCCCGCCAUUUCGAGGGGUCGACGUUCAGGGGGAAAAAUACACAUUAAUCUGAGGAAAUCUAUUUGUCCAGCUGUUGUACUGUAAACUACCUCCAUCAAUAUGUGAUAAGAAUUUUGUUACGUUGUAGAAACUGUUAUCAAACAUCAAAAGAAUGCGACAGAAGGAGAAGUUCGUGCGUGUACGGCAUCAAUCCUUAAAUAUGCACCUGAUAGAUGUGGAGGAGCGGGAAGAACUAAUGCCGAAGAAAAUUAAAUCGAUUAAUUUUUAAAUAAUUUACAACUUUUAUAUCAGAGAGGAUUAUAAAUUUUUCAAGCGCCGUAAUAAAUUCUUCUAGCUUAUAUUAAUUUUGAUUGGGUGGCAGAAAAUUAGAAUGGCAAAAUGUUAAAGUGAUUUUAGCUCAACAAUUUUUAGUGUUUCUACUAGAGAUCGGACUUGUGACUAGUAAAAGUAUGGAAUAUGCAUGAGUGGGUGCUUUUUUUAAGGAAAUACAGUGCUAAUAUAAUAUUCAUUAUAUUUUUAUUGUAAUUUUCAACCUCGAUUCCUGGACUUCUUGCACCUGGUGAGGACGGUGGCUUUUCACACUUUUUAUAAAGUAUAGCAUCAUGAUCGUAUUUAUUCGCAUCUGGUAUCCUUAACAAACACCCUUGUAUUCAACUCUGACUUCAUUAAGAAAACAUACUUUUUCUCUAACCAAUGCUUGAUUAAAGACUUCGGUGCAACAGUUUUGCUUGACACUUUAGGUGAUUUGAGCAUACUAACAGGCUGCCUUAUCAGGAGGCGUGCCUGGCACAUGAAAUCGCAGCUAUAAAUUUGCAAAUACUGCACGUUUAACAACCUCGUCAUUGCUGCGUUACAUUUUUUGCAUUGGGUUGGAACGCUGGAGAUUCUCACAUAGUACCAGUUGUGAAUACUUGAAAUAUCGUUUUUAUAUUUUGUAUUAUAAAACUCCGUUAAGUUUCAUUUAGGAAGUUUUCAGCGGAGAAGUUGUAUAUACUGCCGAUGUUUAUAAUAAAAAAAUGACAUAUCGUAGAAA